UUCCUAUCAGAGCCUGAAUCACAGACAGUACCUUAGAGUCUAAGCUUAGGCACCUUGUGCCUUGUUUUUGUAGCUAAGGAUUCUCAGAGUUGUGGGAUGCUGAAGAAGUUUAUCCCAAAAGCUGUCAUUCUACUUCCUCCACAAACUUCAUCAUGGCAGUAUCUUCCACCACUUGUUUUGGUCCAAGGGCAGAAAUGAGCAUCCUGGAAACCAAUCAGUACUUGCUCUCUGAACUGGAAAAGUGCAAAGAGAACUUCCAAGACCUCACAGAGAAAUUCCUGACAUCCAAAGCUACUGCCUACUCCCUGGCCAAUCACCUGCAGAAAUACAAGUGUGAAGAGUGCAAAGACCUUAUAGAAUCUGUGCUGGAGGAGGAGCUGCAGUUUCAGGAGAGAGAGCUGGCUGAAUUGCUGAGGCCAGCUGCAAGGCUCCGGAUACAUGAUCCCUUAAUUCAGGCUCAGGCUGAAGAACUGACCCACUUACGACAGAAGAUACAGGAAGGGAGAGGUGUCUGCUACCUUUUCACCCAGAAUGUGAAGAACACAGUCAAGUAUUUUGAGGGCCUUCUCAGGAACACUGGCAUUGCCUACUAGAGACAGAGAUUCUGUGAGCAAAUGGUGCAAGGAAGCCAGCUGACAGAGAUCCUUGUCAGAAAACUUGCCACAGGCUCAGGAAGGAAGUCCAGGAGGAAGAAAUGGAUGAAGUCCUGGAGGACUCACUAGAUGAACAGUAUUUGACUCAUUCCAGCCACCAUGACUCCCACCAGCUUCCGAGCAGCAAUGCCUUCCUCUCUGAUGCACAGGAAGACCCCUCUGCUCUGGAUAUAGAAGAUGAGAUCUAGAACCAGCAGCAGCACCUGAAGGAGACCCUUUUCAUCAACAACUGCCUGUGAGAAAAGCUAGAACGUCAUCUCAGCAGCUUUGAUGAAGAAAAUGGAUGCACCUCUAACCUCUACAGGCAGAUCAUAGAUUCCAUUUUCCAGCUGUACAAUGAAAACAGAGUUCUCAGAGAAUACCGGAGACUCCCCCGACUUGCCUGAAUCAAAUUUCCAGAGGUAAGCGGAGAAAGGCCACAAUAUGAAGUCACUCUCAGAUGGGUCCCUUCUCUUGUCACACUCCACUGUAGAAACAAAAGAGGACGGGGAGGCCAGAACUGCUCAAAACCUUAUAACCCACAAUUCUCAUAGUUAUUCUCAACUUAGAGAGGGCUGAUUUCUAGAUGCACCUCCUCCAGGCCCCCAGACCGCCAGGCUCCAGGAAUAAGUAGCUCUAAGAAAUAUAGUAUUUUGGUGCAAGCCACACUCCACUAUUGCAAAUUGGAGAAGAGAAGGACAAACUUAAAAGGUGAAAAGAUUUAAGAGAACAAAAUGGUGAAACGCCGUCUCUAAUAAAAAUACAAAAAUUAGCUGGGCGUGGCGGCACGUGCCUGUAGUCCCAGCUACUCAGGAGGCUGAGGCAGGAGAAUCACUUCAACCUGGGAGGCAGAGGUUGCAGCGAGCCAAGAUUGCGCCAAUGCAUUCUAGCCAGGGUGACAGAGCAAGGCUCCAUCUC